AGUCGGGAGGGAGCCUAUCUUGCGCAGACUGUGUAGCUUUACUGUACAUGGCCAUUGAUACUGCUGUGGAUGGAUGUAGCCGCUGUUGUAAAUCAGAAUGGCGAGGACAGCAAAUAUAACGCGCCGAGUUAUCUCUGCUUGACAUCAGAGCACGUUUCUUCAACCAUCAUCGGGUGUUUUAUUUUUAUUUUUAAAUUAAAAGACGCUUCUUGAAUUCAGCCGAAUCUCGCCUUGACAGCCCGCACCGAUGGUUUUCAUUUGACACAAAGCAGACAGGCGGCUUCUCCUAAUAAACAGUCGGGAAGAAAAGCGGGUCAUUAUGACCUUAGUAUCCGUCAGUAAAAGAAAACCACCGGAUUGCUUUUACGCGGCAGCGCUCUGCUUGCAUCUCUUGCUUUGGAUUUCACGAUCCGUGUCCGGAGAGGAGCAGCAUCAGUUCAGCGUUGAGGGAUGGCUACAGAGGUAUGGAUACCUUCCCCACACAGAACCGGGAAUGUCUGUCCUGCGCUCAGCCAAAACCAUGCAGUCAGCCAUUGCUGCUAUGCAGCGCAUCUACGGUCUCAAUGUCACAGGGACGCUGGAUGAGACAACCAAGGAUGAUAUCACUCUAAGAUGGAUGCAGAGGCCACGCUGUGGAGUGCCAGAUAAAAUCAAAAGUGCCACAAGGUCAAGAAGGAGGAGAUAUGCGCUGACAGGGCAGAAGUGGCAGCGUACACACAUAACCUACAGCAUAAAAAAUAUCACACCAAAGGUGGGUGCCCGGGAGACUCAUGAUGCCAUCCGGAGGGCUUUUGAUGUGUGGCAGGGUGUGACUCCCCUGCGCUUCGAGGCCGUUCCAUACAGUGCCCUGGAGACUGGCAGGCGUGAUGUGGACAUCACCAUCAUCUUCGCUUCUGGCUUUCACGGUGACAGCUCGCCUUUCGAUGGGGAGGGCGGAUUCCUCGCCCAUGCCUAUUUCCCAGGGCCUGGCAUAGGAGGAGACACACACUUUGAUUCAGAUGAGCCCUGGACCCUUGGAAACCCCAACCAUGACGGAAAUGAUCUGUUCUUGGUUGCAGUCCAUGAGCUGGGCCACGCCCUUGGCCUUGAGCACUCAAAUGACCCCACUGCUAUCAUGGCUCCUUUCUACCAGUACAUGGACACAGAGAAUUUCAAACUACCUCAAGAUGACUUGCAGGGAAUCCAGAAAAUCUAUGGACCACCAGAUAAAGCUCCACAGCCCACCAGUCCGCCGCCUACAGUUCCACCUCCUCGUUUCCAUCCGCCCUCAGACCCCCGGAAACACGACCGCCACGCAAGACCCCAUCGUCCUCCGCAGGGGUCCAAGCCGUCUAACCCCAACUCCAAACCAAACAUUUGCGACGGAGGCUUCAACACUCUGGCUAUCCUACGCCAGGAGCUGUUUGUCUUCAAGGACCAAUGGUUCUGGAGGGUACGGGAUAAUUCAGUGGUCCCGGGUUACCCCAUGCCGAUCAAUCACUUCUGGCAAGGCUUGCCACCCAAAAUUGAUGCAGUGUAUGAAAACAGUGAAGGGAAGUUUGUCUUUUUUAAAGGAAACCGUUUCUGGGUGUUCAAGGAUCGGCAUCUUCAGCCUUCCUACCCUCAGGACAUUUCUCUGUUCGGUAGCGGCAUGCCCACACAGAGUAUUGAGACAGCCGUCUGGUGGGAAGAUGCCGCUAAGACCUACUUCUUCAAAGGAGACAGAUACUGGAGGUAUAAUGAGGACAUGAGGACGAUGGACCCAGGUUACCCUAAACCCAUCACUAUCUGGAAGGGCAUCCCUGACUCUCCACAGGGCGCUUUUGUGGACAAGGCAAAUGGUUUUACCUACUUCUACAAGGGAAAAGAGUACUGGAAGUUCAACAACCAGAUGCUUCGCGUGGAGCCCGGCUACCCCAGGUCUAUUCUGAGGGACUUCAUGGGCUGCGACGGCCUCCCCGCUGACCCCGACUGGGGCUGGAAUCCCCCGGCGGCAGACGAAAGGCACUGUGACAACAACGACGUGGAUGUCGUCAUCAAACUGGACAGCGUUGGGGGUACGGAGAAGGCUGUGGCCAUUGCCAUUCCCUGCAUCCUGGCACUGUGCAUGAUGGUCCUCCUCUACACGGUUUUCCAGUUCAGGAGGAAGAGCACGCAGCGGCACAUACUGUACUGCAAGCGCUCCAUGCAGGAGUGGGUCUAAAGGGAUUGUUACAGUAUCGAGAGCUCUGAGAAAGUUGCUACUUAAAGCCCUAUAACUUGAAGGACUGUAAAGAAGUACAGUACACAAGGUUUGCCAUUUGGGCAGAUCUCAGGACAGCUGGAACAUGUGAACUGUGAGCUACAAGGAAGGGAAACUAUCAGCUGACCUCAGUAGAUGACAGUGGCAGAGCUUCAUCUUCUUUGUCCUACUAAUGUGUAUGUAUCUGCUUUGAUUUUUCUUUGGAUCUCGAAAUGAACUCAGUUAAGUGAGUCAGAAAUAAUCUACUGUAAGCGGGAUCUUUGUCUAUCCCCUUCUCUGCACGCCGCUGAAAAAGCCCCUAGCACUAACUUCAGAGGACAAAUUAGUUCUAGGCUUCUACUUUACUUAAUCCAAUCUCCCUGGGUUGUGCUUUUUAUAGUCUAGGACCCCUGUAAAGCAUAAUUCACCGUGAGGAGAUACGAAUAUCAUACAUAAACCAAAUAUGAUGUUUUCUUCCAAAGAGGAUUACAGCUUGAUGAUGUUUUCGAUUGGAUAUUCUUCCUCCGUGGAUCUAACGUUUUGGAUCACACUCUGAUUUUCUUUCACCGCUACUGUUCACACCUACUCAUCUUCUCUGUAAGGACAAAAAAGAAGGAGCAAAAGAAACUCAUGACUGUUGUGGCAGUCUGUCUGCACAACAGGGGCCAAAAUAAUAAAAAAAAAAACAGAAAACCACUCUGCAAUACUAAUGAGACUGCCUUAAUCACAGAUUGCUUCAAUCCUUUCUCCUUCUGUUCCACUGGUGUGGAGGAUGGAUACUGAGUGACACAGCGGGAAGACAGAAAAUGUGUGUGAAGUCAUUACUACUGCCCAAAAUGCAAUGCUAAACCAGUAGUUGAGGACAUUUUGGUCCACAGAGGAGAUCUCGAUAAUGUCAGCUGCCAAAGAUCAGCUUUCAUUUGCAGCCUCACAAGAGAGAAAGAGAGAGAAGAUUUGUUGUGAAUUUGUCUGUGUGUACGUGUGAAAGAAUGAAUAAUCACCCUUGUUAUGUAAGUACCUAGCUCUGCUAUAAUUUAUCAUUAUCUAUGUUGUUUCAAAUACUUUAAACAAGUUUAGCAACGUUUUAAGUGUGCCAAGUGUUUGUGUCAGAAGAAGGCAUGGGCCGGUUCCAAUGUGUACUGAGGUUUUAAACUCCUUAAACUUUCCAUCAAACCAGCUCUACUUUUAAAAGACCUUUUAAUGAGACACUUGAGAAUAUGCCCAUGUGACCAGACUCACUUUUUAACUACGGCUAAUCCAUUAUUUUCUCUCUUAGAAAAUACAUUAAUUUGGCUGCUCUGAAAUAUUUCUAGUUGCAAAAACACAAACAUUUGCACCCAUAGCAUGGAAACUACAAUAGUGCCACUCAUCACUAUUAUCUGUUUGAUGCUAUUCUGAAAAUCCAGAUAGCAAACUUGGAGCAACAUGCAUGGCAAGCUAUCACAUGUAGAGCCUACCGUGUCUUUUUAAGCCACUCACUUCAAAGAAAACAUUUCCCGUGUUCUACUUAGAUUACUGGUAUCUAAACUUUUUGCCCCAUUGUACUAAAUGAUCAAGUAGAAAGUACUCAUGAGAUGCAAAUGUUUUAUUUUUUUAAUUAAAAACUAAAAAUAA